AUGUCUGCCUCUGAGACCCAAUCCAACGCCUCUGUCCGAGACGAAAUCCUCAACGAGGACCCCAACAUCUUUACGCAGGAUGAGAAGGACGACAUCACUAAUGCGUUUGGCAAUGGUCCUGCCGAGGGAAGCGCUGUCUCCGAGGCAGACGAUGGCACCCAGAACGGUGGAACGGAAGCAUCUCAGAGCGGCGGUCAGUAA